UUUCCCCUUAGUUAUCUUCAGUCCGUCGCGUCGCUCGCAUCGCUUUUAGAGCCGGAUCAGAUCAGGGCCCCCGUGCGGCAGUAUUUAGAAAAGGAAACAACGCGCCAAAAAUAAGAACAGAACUUUGUUUUAUAACACUCGUAAACGCACUCGAGACAACGACAGCAACAGGGCUGCAACAUAGAGGAAAACAUAGAGCCCCGCAAUGGCCACCACACAGCAAACGAAGUCACAGGACGAGCUGACAUCAGCCCGUGCGCUGGUGCCCAAGCCCAAGCAGGAAAUUGUCAUCAAGAAGGCAGAGAACAAUGUGGAGGAGGAUGAAGAGGAGGAAAUCGAUGAGGCAGCUGUUGUGGUGCCACCGGACAGCGGCUGGGCCUGGGUGGUGAUGGUCGCCUCCUUCCUCUGCUGCACGGUGAUCGACGGCAUCGUCUUCUGCUCACCGAUGAUACAGAAGCAGCUCAUGGCGGAGUUCAAUGUGAGCAAGGCGUACGUGUCGUUCGUCUCGUCGCUGCUCAGUGGCUGCUACCUGAUGGCCGGUCCCUUUGUGAGUGCGCUGGCCAAUCGCUUCGGCUUCCGCGCUGUCACCAUAGCCGGCGCCAUUUUCGCGGGCAUUUGCUUCGGGCUGUCGUACUUCGCCACCAGCGUGGAGUUUCUGUUCAUCAUUUACGGCGUGCUGGGCGGCAUUGGCUUCUGCAUGGUCUACAUCCCAGCGGUGGUCAUCAUUGGCUUCUACUUUGAGAAGUGGCGCGCCCUGGCCACGGGCGUCGCCAUGUGCGGCUCCGGCGUGGGCACCUUCGUCUUUGCCCCACUGACCACCUCGCUGCUGCAGACGGGCUGGCGGCACACGCUCGCCGUUCAGGGCAUCAUUGUCAUGUCCUGCGCUCUCUUCGGACUGGCCUUCCGGCCCAUCCAGCCGAUCACACUGUCGGCGACCAAUGAGGAGGCCGGCGAGGAGCAGGAGAAGAGCAAGCUGAAUGGCCAUGGCAACCAAGUGGCGCCCACGCCGCAGCUCCACCAGGCGGCGUUCACCAAGCCACUGCCCGAGGGCCGCUUCGCCUACUCCAUGCCCAACUCCGCACACAACACGUACAUGGGCGCCUCGCAGCGCAACCAUUACCCCACCGCCCAGGAGAUCUUCAAGGGCAUGAACCUGGAGCGCCGUCCCUCGGGCACGGCGGCGGGCAGCAAGGGCACCGAGCUGAAGCAGCUGCGCAAGUCACAGCCGACAACGCCCAACGGGGAUCCGCAGCAGCUGACCUUCAACCUGCACAAGGAGCUGACGACGGUGGGCGAGAACGAGGAGGAGGCCGAGAACGACAACCUGUUGGAGACGGACGCCAAGCCAGUGACCAUUCAGGCGCGUCGCCACACCGUCUCCGGACGCAGGCCCCAGGAUCUGGCCAAGCGGGCAGCAGCCGCCGCCAAUGAUGGACAUCACGGACAGCCCACAUCCACGUCGCGGCCCAUGUACAGGGACGACAUCUUCUUCUCGGGCUCGCUGACGAGGAUACCCCAGUACCAGUCGCAGACCUCGCUGGCCUACCACAUGUCCGUGACGCGUCUGCCCACCAAGCAGGACAUGCUGCAGGAUCGGCAGAAGGGCUGCCGCAUCUGCCCGGAGGCCGUGCGCCGCACGCUGUCCACCAUGCUGGACACCAGCCUGCUCAAGUCCGCAUCCUUCAUGUGCCUGGCCGUCAGUGGCUUCCUCACCAUGAUGGGCUUCUUCGUGCCCUUUGGCUUCGUGCAGGAUCGUGCCAUAGCCGGGGGCAUGACCCCGGAUGAGGGCACCGCCAUACUGGCUGCCAUUGGCUUGGUCAACACCAUUGCUAGGAUUGUGUGCGGCUCCAUCAGCUCCUUCCCCGCCGUCAAGCCGCUUUGGCUGAAUAACUUUGCGCUGACUGCCGGCGGCAUUGCCACCAUUGCCAGUGGUGUCGUCAUCAACACCACCAGCCAGUGGAUCUUUGCUGUGUUCUUUGGCGUCUGCAUUGCCUGCUUCUCGGCGCUGCGCUCGCUGAUUGCCGUGGAACUGAUUGGACUCGAGAAGCUGACCAAUGCCUAUGGAUUCCUCAUGCUCUUCCAGGGUCUGGCCGCCACCUUUGGCACACCCAUUGCAGGCGCCCUGUACGAAGCGACCCAGAGCUAUGACAUGGCAUUCUACUUUGCCGGUGGCCUCAUCCUGCUGUCCGCCUUCCUCUGCUACCCGCUCACCUGCGUGGCCAGGUGGGAGCAGGCACGCAACGAGAAGAUCACACCACUGCCGGCAGCAUAGACAGCAUUUCAACGCCAGACAACGAGACGCCCCAGCGACUGUCUUCUUGAUACCGAGCACGGGGUUCGGGUUCGGGUUCGCGCGCGCCACUUAAGGUUGUUGUUCCAACACUAAUUGCCAAUCAUUCGAUGUUAAGAUUGAUGUCGCAUGUCUGAGGCAUUGCAGAGGCAUUGAGCAAGCCCCUGGGAAGCGUGGUUGCAAGUUCCGCAAGUACUUGAUACGUUAAGAUUAGACUAAGUGUAAUGUGCGUGUGCCUUCAGCCUUAUCGAGAGUGCCUAACACAGAGAACACAAACACUGAGACAGUGUUCUAUAAGCUUUAGUAGACAGACAAACAGAUGGUCCGUGGAGUAAGGUGGAGUAAGGUGGAGUGGAGUGAAGUGAGCUGCAGUAAAGUGAGGUUAAAAACGUUAAACUAGAAUUUAGUGCAAAGAGGAGAGGAGAGGAGGAACCUAAAACAUUAUUAAUAUUAUUAUGAUAGCUGUAAGCAGCUGUGCACAUGGCUAUGGCUGGGCCACAAGUCGACUGCCAAGUUAGGAAUCGUUUGUUGAACUAUUUAACAUGAAA